AUGUCGUCAAUUUUUCGAACUCUACAGGUAAAUAUGCACUUUCCCCAACCCCAAAAGCAGUGCAGUUGUCAUCUAAAUGAUCCACCACCUUGGACCGGUGAGAUACAUGGACUUAGCCAGGCUUUGUUAAGUGAUACUCCUGUAAUGAAAGCAUUUUGGUGGUUGAUCAUGGUAAUAUGCAUAGUUUGUGGCAUUGUUACGACAACACUGGUUGUCAAAGAAUAUGUAGACGGUCCUACAGCCACUUCCACAACGAUACGAUUGGUGGACAGAUUAGAGCUCCCGGCUAUCACGAUUUGCCCGAAAGUGCCAGAUGCCUUUGACAAGACAAGGCUUCUUGCUGAUAUACGCAACUCACUGCCUGGACUAGACGAUGUUACGGCUAUUGAUUUGGUAAAAUUCUGGGUCGGUGGUAGUGGUUUCGAAAAUAUGGAUGAUUUGUCUUCUUUCAACCGCACUUAUAUGAGCUAUCUAAACGGAUUGUAUAAGAAGUGGUCAGAGGGAUACACCGUUGCAGAGUUUUUCUAUGUAAAGCAGGAGAAAUAUGGAUACAAAUGUGAAGAACUCUUUCAUAAAUGUGUACUGGCUGGGAAGGAUAUGAGCUGCUGUAAUGAUGUUUUCAAAAGGCAAGUGGUCAUGCGAAGAGGAAUCUGCUACCAAACGAGAAGAAACGUCAAUCAGACAGAAGCAGAUGACAUUGGUAGGCUAGUGUUAAACAUAAAAGCUCCGCCUAGCAUCACGAAUCCUCAAUACAAUUACUCUCAGCCACAAGUUAUUGUCUAUGUGACCGAUAACUUUGAAAACGUCCUGGACUUUCCUCGAUUUUACCUGUAUCCUCAUGAAUGGAAUCGGAUGCGAUUUACAGCCCGAUAUAUCGAACUACUUGAAAAUGAGCAAGUCUGCACACGAAAGAUUUUUGGUAAAGAUGCUGAGUGCGUCAUACGGAAAUGGUUGUUGUCUAAUAUCGUCUAUCCAUUCAACUGCACUUUGGCAUACUUAACUAGCAUCGGAAAACUUCCUCCAACAAAAGGUGUUUGCACUCCUGAUGUUGUUGCUGAACACUAUUACGAUAAUAUACAAUUGGUAUGGAACUCUGCAGACGUUGAAGAAAAUUGCACUCCUGGCUGUUUACGGUGGGACUACCAAACAGCUCUUCAGCAAAGCCAAACCCUUUCUCCGUUUACAGAUCAUGUCUUUAACCUUGAAGCUUCGUUCAAUGACCUGCAAUAUGAAUACGUGAAAGAGGUCUACACGACCACCGUUCCGGGAUUUAUGUCACAAAUAGGAGGACAGUUUGGUUUUUUUCUUGGCCUAUCUAUCAUCACUCUUCUACAGAUGGUACUCUAUGCCAUUCACUUCUUGUUUGCUGGAGUUGCUGGGAAGGCAAAAAAGGCCUACCUAAUUUUAGCCUCGCUUGUGGGCUUGGGUCCAAGGAAGAAAGAAGACCCUCGCACCGAAGUUGCUCAAGACGGCAUCGCCAUUGUUUCUCUCGAACCCUUGAACGGUCAUGUGCCAGGAAUUUCACAACGAUUAAGUUAG